UGGUUGAACCUCAUGAACAGAUCCAGUCUGCAUUUGAUAAAAGAGCGAGCAUCUUGGAAAAUUUAUUUUGUUCCGCUAUUAGACUUCAUUACAAUGAAAAUCUCGUUAAACUACUUCAUCUUAUGGGGUCUAUCCCUCCUCAAUACUGUUUACAGCAAUCAGACUAUCCGCUAUUACUCAAGAGGUUCAUCCCAAUGGAGAGUAAUCAAUAUCACCGAAGCCCGUCGUCCUCAGCCCAUUUCGGCCAUGGCCAUGAGUGAUGGGGCCCAGGAGCCCUUGACCUAUGGAGCCUACUACGGAGGCAUAGGAAGAUUAUCUACUCCUGAGGAAUGCGCACGUCCGUGUAUUCUUGGAGCUAGACCAUUGAAUUGCUACUACCACUUCACUGUCGAGAUUUAUCGAACUCUAGGCGGUGCUUGCAGGAUUUGUCGACCAUCAGCCAACAUAUCGUUGAGCAGUAACUGCCAAUGUAUUGAGGCAGAUGGAGUAGAUAAAGCUGGGCUGAUGGUAAUCAACAGAAUGUAUCCAGGACCUUCGAUCCAGCUGUGUGUUGGCGAUCUCGCCAUAAUUGAUCUACACAAUAAAGCCAUCGGCACAGGUAUCACAAUACAUUGGCACGGACUGUAUCAAAACGAUUUUCAGUACUACGAUGGAGUACCUUUUGUCACCCAAUGUCCCAUAUCCCAUGGAUCAACAUUUCGUUAUCAGUUCCGUGCCCAGAACCUUGGCACACACUUUUAUCAUGCCCACACUGGAAUUCACAAAUCGGAUGGUCUUCAGGGUGCGCUAAUAGUUCGACCACCGAAAGAGUUGGAUCCAAACCAAGACCAUUACGAUGAAGAUAAUAUUGAUAAUAUUAUUUUCAUCAACGAUUGGUUUCAUGAAUCGGCUCUUGAUCACUGGCCUGGCACCAGUAUACGAAAUAUUGGACAAGUGCCGAAGAAUCUUCUCAUCAACGGAAAAGGCCAGUGGCUGGAUCCCGCCACUGGCACUUACACCACUUCACCUCUUGCUGUCAUCAAUGUCAACGGAAACCGUAGAAUCAGAUUUCGGAUGAUCAACAGUUUGAGUUGGACUUGUCCUCUUCGCUUUUCAAUUCAGAAUCAUAACUUGACGAUAAUUGGUACUGAUGGUGAUGAUGUGGAUCCACAGACUGUCACUACCAUCACUUCUUUCUCCGCGGAACGUUACGACUUUGUUGUAAACACCGAUCAGCAACCUGGCACCUAUUGGAUCCAAGCUCGGCUAGUAGGUCCUUGCACGUCUAGGAAUAUCUCCCAGGUCGCACUAUUUCAUUACCUUGGAAGACAAGUUAUGACACCGCAAAUAACUCGUCCAGUUGGCAAUCCGGGGCUUCCAUUGGGAGUCGUGUUUAAUGAGGAGAAUGAAGUAUGCGCAGGUACGAAUACUGAUGUUGUCUGCAUGAAGGACCUACAGACAACGAGUGCAGUUGACAGGAGAAUUCUAGCUGCUAGGCCAGAUGUUAGUAUAUUUCUGCCAUACAAUUUCUAUGUAUACAGUGACGAGGAGCUGUUUCAACCGAGAAGCUAUCCACACUUUCAAGUGCCAACUGGUGGUAAUGGCUCAGUCGCCAUGAUUUCCGGUAUUAGUAAUACAUUUUCAGGAUCGCCAUUUCUCUCGCAAAUACGUGAUAUCCCACGUAGAAAAAUUUGCAAUGGAAGUACUAAACCUGGAGGGUGUCGCCCUGGAAAGCCAUGUUUCUGUUCACAUGUUGUUGACAUACCUCUCGGUGCAGUGGUCGACAUUAUCAUGGCUGACACGGCAUCCACUGGAAUAUCUCAUCCGUUUCAUAUCCACGGUUAUGGCUGCCACAUGAUGGGUCAGGGUCUUCUACGAGAUGUACCUCUCACGGAACAAAAUAAAUUUCAAGCUUUACAGCUGCAUCAACGUUUUUACAACACUUUCCAUGAACGACCUGUUGUCAAAGACACUUUACCCACUCCAGCCGGUGGUUAUAGCAUUUGUAGAUUCAUUGCCAAUAAUCCAGGGUACUGGCUGUAUCACUGCCACUUCAUGUCGCAUUUAUUAGUUGGAAUGGAAUUGACUUUCCACGUGGGAAGACCGUCGGAUCUUCCUCCAGUACCCAGGGGAUUCCCAAGAUGUGGAGAUUUUACACCGAGAGUUUCUUAGACGUGGAUGCUUUUUAUGUGAAAUAUUUCGAUUAUUCCAAUUGAUUGUUACUGAUAUUUUUGAAGAUAAUACAUAAUUUACAUGGGGACUCUCUAUUCGCGAAUGAUAUUAUCACGAAUAUAUUGCCAGGAGAAUCGAAGAAAUUGUGAAGAAAAUUGUUUGAUGAUUUUGAAAAAUAAAUAUUUGGUUGAAUUAUUAAAA